GUCGGGUUAGAGCAAAAAUCGAAUAUGGCUGCCGUGGUAUUGAAAAAAUUCGCAGCAUUCGUAAUUAUAGGCUUAAUUUGUGUGCAAAACAUCCACUACCAGCAGUGAUAACACCAUUAUUCGGUUCGGUAAAAAACGGUCCGUUCGGUGGUGCAGAAUUUAGUUUUGAAAUCUCUCUGGCCGCUAGUGAAAAGGGAAAUUGAAAUUGGCAAACGAACGAGUUUUCUUUUUUCCCUUCGUGGUCAGCUAUGUCGAUUGGAUUUUUGUAAAUCCAUCAGCCGUCAGAUUGUCCAACAUAGCAUCAAGCACCCGGACAAAGAAGAAUAGAUUCACGUGUCCAUGGUUAUACCUCAUUCGGAAUUAUCCCAAUUGCCGAUAGGAUUUUUUUACGCAAAAAGAGGGCCAUACGUAAAAGGGUGAGUCGCGAAUCAAGAGACAAAACGACUAGAGUGUCGAAGUGAAUGGAUGAAUAUUCGAAAUCUGUUUUGUUGCUGGAUUAUUUUAUGAAUCUUUGCUGAUUAGCAAUUGUAUUCGAUAACUGUUGAUAACGUGAUCUGUUCCUGCAACUUUUCGCCAAUCUGAUUGCGUUUCCAUCGCAUGUUUCGGCGAAUAUUGCUAAUUGCGUGCGAAUAUUUUGUUGCACCGCAAUCUACCUCGUGUCAGUGUUUUGUAGAGAGUGUGUGGGAAACAAAUAGUGAAGAAGGUGGAAAGCAAGCCCGAUUUUGACUUCCUUUUGCUGUCGAAAAAGCAAGGAGGUACCUAUGUGCGUUGAAUAUGCGAAAGAAAAUUCCACUGAAAAGUGCAUAAGAAAAAGAACCCCACAAAUCAGGUAAAGCAACGAAGCAAGUUGGCUGAGGCAGAAAGUGGAAAAGUAAGAAAAAAACGUCGCCGCAGUGAACAAAUCAGUGAGAGAGGGUCAUAAGAGAAAGAGCGAAAAUAUUUGACAGCUCAAGGUGUGCGGCUGUGUGCGUGCAGUGUCUGGCGGUGCGAUAACAACAAAAAACAACAACAAAUCCAGGGGAAAGAACGGCGAGUGCCGACUGUUUCGAUUUUUUUUUCGUUUUUUCCUGCUACUCGCAAGAACGGAGCUGCAGCUUCCGGAGGCGAUUUUUCUGCUAGUGUUCUUUUCUCUUUGCUGUUAUUUCAGUUAAAACGAAUGAUUACUCUUGGAGUGUGGAACUUACAAAUAAAAUACGAAUUCUUGAAGAAAGAGUCAGGUUUUAUUGUUUCGUCAGUGAUUUCUGCGUUAGUCAGCUGGUGGGAGUAAAGUGAAGAAGCAAAGUGCAUAGUGCGCGAAGAAUCGCACCAGUGUUCGGUUGUAUUUAAGAAGAAAAAACCAAGUUUGCGUCGCAGGCGUGUCCGCGAGUGAGGCUAAUUUCUGUUCUCCGUUUCCCAAAAAAGCCGGAAAAUUCCGAGAAGCAAGAAAAAAGGUAUGGCCGAAAAUUCGGUUGGAAACAGUUUACCACCGUCACAUCAUAAAACGGCCGGAGUUGGUGGCGGUGGUGGCCUAUUGCUUCACAACAAAUCAUCGCUGGAAAUGACGACAGGCGGUGGGAGCGGUUCAACGGCGGGGUCCGUUGCGGGGAAAACCACUGGCGGUGGUAAGCACGCGAAUGUCAUACACCGCACAACGAGCGAAAGUUUACGACUUGGUGGUGCGGGUGGAGGAAAUCCAGGAUCGGCUGGCGGAAGUGGAAGUGAAAACUCUUCCAGCAGUACGGUUCCGCCGUCGUUGUUGACGAACUCGUCUUCUGCCUCCAUGGGGAGCCUCCCACGCAAGGGUGGCGCAGGCGGGGCUGCUGCUGCUGCCGCUGCCGCUGCGGCUGCAGGCAAGACGUCCUCAUUCAUGAUCACAUCCGUCACUGUUGGAGCACGAACUAGUGCUGACAACGGUGACGAUUCUGCCGAUGAUCUUGACGAGUCCCACACGGAUGAUAAUAGUCGGAUAACGGAUUUCGAAAACGAAACUCCUUCAUUCUCAGAGGACACCUUCAGUAAAGAAGAUGUGUUUUUUGCCUCGAACGCUAUUGGUAGCGUUCCAGUCAUUCCGACAAGCUCUCAGUACGGGUUAGCUAUCGUUGCACCAAACGAUCGUGCUCACGGAGCGGAAGCUCUGGCAGAUGCAAUGCAUGUAAGCGUUACAGACGCUGGGAUCAACAUAAUGGGCCAUGGAAAAGAUGAUGGCAAAGAGUUGCACCAUAGAAACGAACGAUUUAAAGUGGUGAAAAUUGAAAGCACUGAACCUUUCAAGCGUGGUCGUUGGGUUUGUAUGGACUAUCUCGAUCACACAACACUUCAAGCUUCUCCGAAAGAGGGUGGAGAAGGAGAAACGUCGGCUAAUGUCGAGGCGUCCACAAUGCGAAAUCAGGACAGUGGUGUAGUGCUAAACGACAGCUAUGCUCCAUCGACAGCUCCCACAGCGGAUGGUGAUAAUUCGGACUAUCAUACUCAUCUUGCUGCCAGUGUGCCGACUAACCCUAUCAUUGGUACGCUGAACAAUGAAUCUCCCGGUCAAAGCCUAAACCUGGCUCAAUCAACCAUCGGAAAUACUGGUGGGGGUGUAGGUGGUGGUGGAACGAUUUCUCAAUCUCAACCAGCUAGUCAUGUUACACCGGCCGUUGUCCCUCACAGUAUGCCCCAGUCACAACUGCAGAAUGCACUCGCCGGAAGUGGAACGGCUGCAGGAGCCAGUCAACCACCACAACAGGUUCAGACAAGUGCACAACCACAAGGGCAAACUCCAUACUAUCCGCACACGAUGUCCAAUAUUACCGACAUAACGCAGCAACAACAUCCCCCACAGCAGCAGCAGCAGCAACAGCAACACCACCAUCAACACGGUGCCACCCUGCCAACUAACAUUCAAAUGCAACCCCAGCAAACCAAAAGCUCAGCUUCCGCGACAGCAAACGUUGUUCUUCCGCCGGUUGGAUCAUCGUCGGCUACAUCACAAGAAAUGAACAUCGUCAUCAGCAAUCCCCAACAUCAUCAACAACAAACGAGCUUCCCAUCUCCUCAACAAUUCCAACCCCAAUCCUCUCAAACCAAUUCUCCAGUCGUGGCCAGCAUCGGUGAGCAAGUUGCUUCGGAAGCGACAAUCCUAUCGCCGUCUCCUUCCAUGGCUAGUUCUGGAGCAAUUGCACCGGCUACCACGAAUGUGGCCACAGGCGCAAACGUCACUGCUCAACAACAGCAACAAGUGACAGAACCUGUAGGCACUGUAUCCUCAAGCUCAACAUCCGAACCGAUGGUAGCUUCCUCUUCAUCGACUACGUCAUCGCCAGUAACAGCCACCGCCACGGGUGGAAAUGGUGAUAACAGUUCAACACCCACAUCGGUCAACGCUCCUGCUGUACCGCCUGUAAGUUCUCCUUCACUGUCAGUCGCAUCUGUAACGGCCACCACCACAACCACCAACAGCAGCAGCAAUAUCAGCAGUCAGCAUGCAUCGAUUGCUGCAGCAGCUGCUGCUGCAGCGGCCACUGCAGCUAGUGAUCAUCUAACGGAGUCGAAUCUUCUGUCGGCCGUCGCCGGAGUGACGGCGGCAGCCGUAGCAGCUGCCGGCGCUGAAGAUGGCGAAAAAAGUGGCGAGGAUGGUGAAAGUGCAUCGGGGACAAGUGCGGUGGCGAUUGACAACAAGAUCGAGCAAGCUAUGGAUCUUGUCAAGUCGCACCUAAUGUUCGCUGUCCGUGAGGAGGUCGAAGUGCUAAAAGAAAAGAUUUCCGAACUGAUGGACCGCAUCAACCAGCUUGAGUACGAGAACAAUAUCCUGAAGGCGAAUGCUUCGCAGGAAACACUUUCGCAGCUCACAACAACCGGUGGAGGCAGUGUUGGCAGUGGUGGCGGUGGUGCCAACAGUUCAACCACGGCAGCAGCGACUGUUGCCACAGCGGCAGGCACGGCACCCACACCGGCCUCCAAGGUUCCUUCAUCGGCCAACUCAAACUCGAAUGGUUCUGUUUCCUAGAUGUUCCGCACGUUGUUGCACUACUCGCCACUAGCUGCUUACUUCGAUAGUACUAGGAGAGGUAACGAUAACUAUUACUCAUUGCUACUGCGGCCAGGGAGCGACACACAGCGAAUUUCGGAAUGGGGCGCCGCCAUGGACGGGCUGGACAAUGUCGCAAGACCAAACAAUAACGACUACGGCACCUGUGGUGGCAGCAGCAGCAUCCCGAUCUCUGCAGUCGCUCUUGACGCCCAGAAGUACUCGGAAGAUAAAGACGAUGCGCCUGACUAAAUAGCGCUCACAAUUGUACUAGCAUGCUAACGCCCGUAUCCAGAGCAGAAAUUUACAGUAUCAAAAUUGAGAGGUUAGUUGCUAGAAUUUACUACGUUGAGGUACAAAGCUUCAUCCAAUCUCAAACAAAUUCCUAAUAAGCUAGAAAUUUUAGAGAGCAAAACAGAAGAACUAUUUUUUUGUUUUUCAAUACACACAGUGUUAAGCGACGAAGCCAAAACAGACAGAAAAUAAUUACGCAACACACAGUUUACGCACGUUUUUGUUUCGGAUUAAGGGGCAAAAUUAUAUCAAAUACAGACAUGCACGCUUAGCUAAGAGAAAACAAAUAAUUGCAAAUAAUUCUGUACUCCUCCUCCUCCAAUUUCGUUUUGAAAAAUCUGGAACAAAUAGAGACCCAUUUGCUGUCAGGAUGGCGGCUGGUCUGCUCGAUCCAGUAACAGUUAUUUUCGUUUCAAUUACAAUACUAACAAGUGCGAACCAAAUUGUAUAUUUCAUGAAAUAUACUUGUAGGCAGUUAUUGGAGAUAAACUCGUACAUUUUUCAACCCAAACGAGGAACACCCUUUCAAAACUAACAAAACAGUAAUAGAUGUUUGCCUCAAUUCGUUCUACAUUCUCUUCUCCUCUCUUACGGCAUGUAUGUAUGCUACACUUUUUGGUAUAAUAAAACAUUCGAUUGCUAACAAACGCGUAACUAUUAAUAAUAAUGUGCCCCAAAAAUGGUUCAAACCGUAAUAAGUGAACAACGUUUAGUUUCACAUCUAUUUUACGUUGUGACAAAACCGGUCAGAUAGUCGUUUUAUUUUAUUGUUUUACUCAACAUCGCUUCAUUGAUUAACACUUUAGUGCACGUGUGCGUGCGUGCGUGCGUGCAAGCGUGUGUAUGCGUGCUCAAGCUCUGAAUGAUGAUUGCUUAUAGUUAGGGCAAAAACCAAACCCGAAAUGUGAUUCUAAUUGUACAUAUUUUAUAGCUAAGGCCGUUAAACGUGCCGGUACGGGAAUGACUUUAGAUGUGUGUAAAAGACAAGAAUAAAAAAAAAUCACAGGUGAUCAGUACUCCGGGCGGGCUUCGAAUGCCUGCGUAUCAACUUAACCAGACAACCUAACAAGUGCUAUAAUCCGAAUAAACGCGUUUUAUCAGAUUACAUAUUUCGAAGAACAAACUGUAAAUAUUUGCCUUUUUGAGUGUGACGAUGAGCCCGCCGGAGUGAUAUUUCAAAUAGAUGCCAAUAAAGGCGCGGCCGUUAGACUCGUCAGAAAGGACCACUGCCCCAGUUCAGGUUUGCGACUCGAUGAAACAUGAACUGAGUGCCAGGAUGAUCCUGCUACGGACGCGUCUGUCUCCCGCAAUGGGAAGAUACGUAAUCAGGGAGAGAAGCUAAGUAGGUUGCUUGAAUUUGAUCUGUUGAGCCGAGUUGAGCAUACAGAGCGGUGUAAUAAUACCGCGAAUAAGAAAAAAAAAACGAAUGUGUAUUAUGAGUGCUUGGGUUAAUCUAGGUAUGAACGUGAUGUGCAUAGCUGGUAAGAGGAACUGUUGAUAGACUUAAGGAAAAAACCUUGUUUAAUUCAUUUAUAGGAUCUUUGUUCAAUUUUUCCUAGCUGAAACGCAAUUAUUUAGUCACUAUUUAUUAUUUUGUAUAUUGGUUAGCUGAAAAAUACGUCAUAAAACAGAAAUACGACAGUAAACGAAGUGAUAAGCUGUUUUCGGAAAAAAACACCGAAAACUAGUUGAUGCGAUGAUUGAGAGAAGAAUGCGCUAGAUCAAUAGAGCUGUACAAUGUGAGAAAAUAAUCAAUAAUGAUAAAGCUAACUAAAUGCUAAACUGAGCGAAAUUAAUCUUAUAAGUGAGAUACAAACCAGAAAAGAUGUUAAUAAUAUAGUCACUAUGAAAUAUUGAA